AUGGCCGACCCCGUCCUCGCUGAGUACCAAACUCUCCCUCCUCCAGCGCCACCAUUACUACCGGGCCGCCUAGGCCAAUUGCAAAAGAUCAUAGCUCCUUGGGGUUCUCACACUGGUUCAAAAUACCAUGGCGGCCCAGCGCAGGGCGACCAUGAUCAUGUCACUGGUCGAAUCACCGCCGUACACACGUACAGCACUUCCGCGUCAUCCUACAACACGAGCCAUAGGACGGGGAUACCCAUCGCUGCCCUCGACGUCAAUGCUUCCGGCACCCACGCCGUUCUCGCGGGAAAAGAGAUCCUGAAGACUGUACGGGUCGAGGAUGGAAAGGUCAGUGACGUGUUCAACAUCCGCGCUGCCGUGGGCUCUGCCACAUCCUCCCAAACCUCUCCUCAAUUGGGCGGUCCUAGCAAAAGAAGAGACUAUCUUCCGGCAAGAGAUGUCAAAUGGUCUACCGGGACUUACAGCCAUAUCAUAGCUACCGCAGCUACCAGUGGGCGUAUUUCUCUCUACGAUGUGAACGUGGGUGGCCCAAAGCUUGAACUGGCUUGGCUCCAUGAGCAUACCAACCAGAUCAACAAGUUGGACUUUGACCCGUUCGCCGGCUAUCUUUUGCUAUCCGCAAGCCAAGACAAGUCGGUCAGACUAUGGGAUCUUCGGGAUGGUAAAAGGGAAAGAUCUCGCUUGAGGUUUGAGCCCCGGAUGCCCGUCCGAGAUGUGCGCUGGUCGCCGUUGGAGCCCUUGGACUUUGCCAUCUGUACAGACAGUGGUGUCAUACAAAAGUGGGACGCCCGUUCUCCAUCAGGCCCAAAGUUGAGCAUCAAUGGUCAUGAAAAAGCAUGCUACUCAUUGGACUGGCACCCGGACGGACGUCAUGUCAUAUCUGGCGGCUUCGACAAAUACAUUCGAGUCUGGGAUUUUCAGAAUGACAACAAGCGGCAAAAACCGGUCUUCCAGCUCAGAGCCCCAAGCGGGAUUCGAAACAUCAGAUGGAGGCCUCCAUGCAGAGCUUCUGAGGCCGAUGACUCUGGUCACUGGCAGAGCACUCAAAUCGCAGUGUCGUAUAAUCAUGAUGACCCCAGAAUACACGUCUGGGAUCUAAGACGCCCAUGGCUACCUUUUCGCGAACUAGACAGGUAUAGCUCAGCAUCCAAUGACCUGCUAUGGGCUACCAAAGACAAACUAUGGUCGGUAGGUGACGAAGGGGUAUUCACACAAUGGGAUCUGCAGCAUGGCGCUCCCUUCUAUAAUGAGAUUUCACCUUGUACUUCCAUCUUCACUCCCGAUGGUGAGUAUUACAUGUUCUCUGAACAACGAGGAUCGCUCCGUGGCUCGGGUACCGAGGAUCCCGCGCUUGGAUUUCUGAGUAUCCCACGAGACAAAUCAAGUGGUGGAGACGAUCCUACACAUAGCCGGAGUUUCACGGAUGAUGAGAAGGACUUGGAAAGCCAUGUUUCAUCAGUCCACAGGCGUGUGGAAAGACCAAUGCCAUCGUCGAAAUCCAGCAAGUCGCAAGCUAACAGUCCUCCAUCGCUGGAGGAGAAGCCUCCUAUCUUAUCUUUAGAUAGAGCUGUUUUUCAGCGAGAAGAUCUGUUCAACAAUGGCCAGGUUGGUGCUUCCAGCUUUGUGCCGGGAGUGGCUACAGAACCUGAAAUAGUGGAAUAUCUUGCAUCAAAUUACGCACCUCCAGCGACGGCUGAAGAAAGAUUGCAGUCCCCCCAGAGCAUACUUGACCGGCUUGAAGCAGCUUUCCAUCAAAACGCUACAGCUUGUGAUGCAGUCUCCCUUCACCGUAUGGCCCAGUCGUGGAGAAUAUUGAGCGCUGUCUUGGUAUCAGAGUUGAGGGACUGGGCCGAUACAAAUCGCUCGCAACGACGAGCAGAGGCCGAUAAGAGGCGCGAGGUAUUGGAGCAGUUUCGCUCCGGGUCUCAACGUUCCAUACUCUCACCACUUCCUGGUCUGCGUGGCCGAGGUAGCAAACUGAAAAUCGAUGGGAAAUCCCAGAACUUGAUGAGCACCCUACUGAAGUCCACCGUGGAUUCAGACAAGAACAUCCAAGGGGAUAGCACUUCCAACGUGACCACACCACUGGCCAAACCAUUUCGAAACUCGCCGCGUUCCUCUCGCAGUCGCGGAUGGAGCAAAUUGACUUCUGAAGAAGAUGAAAUUGAUGAUGUGUUGACACUUCCUCCUUCUGUUCUUAGCUCCCAUUCAACUGCAGCUGCCGCGGCCCGAGCCUUGGUUGACAGUCCUAGCCGAACACCAGUCUCGGCUUCAUCUUCUCCAGAUGUCAGUCGAAGUGCGAGGCCUUCUUCGAAUCAAUCAUCUACAAACAAGACUCAGGACCUCAAGUCGCCCACGGGCGCGAAUGCCGGUCGGAUUGUCAAUGCCACAACACAUGGGAAAGGAUCUUCAGAACAAAGGACAACACAAGAGGAUCGGCGAGCUGCCUUGCGCGACUAUCGCAUUCAAACCAGGCCGAUAUUUACUCUGGAACAAUCAACCAACCCUCCUCUUCUUCAGCCUCGACAUGAUUCAGGAGACAGCUUUCAGAUGUUUUCGGUUUCUGGAGACAGUUCUCAACGCGCGAGGUCACUUGGGCAAUCAUUUGGGUCAAUUGAUGCUACCAGCAAAUCACGCAAACAAAGUACUGAUACUCUCAACGACACGGAACAAGAUGACGAUGACGAGGAAAGAGACCUUUCCUUUGGUGAAUUGCAACUGCAGAAGCCAAGCGGGCAUACCCGCUCAAUCAUACAAGCGUCGCAAGUGUCUGAUAGUGUAACUGUUGAAACUCCACCAGAUAUGAGCUUUGGUAGUGAUGGACACACGAAUGCACAACAGGUGAUCCCAACGCCGGGCGAGAAAGUCAACUGGGACGCCGACCAGGACCCUCAAUCGACCACUCCUUCCGAAUUCCAUACCGGGUUAUCGACAACGCCUGACAUCUUCCAGUUCGAGGGCAGCUCGCUUGACAAGCCUCGAAUACACAACACGAACCCUUUACGAGCAAUAAAUUAUGGAGUGGAAGGGGAGUCACACCGAGAACACCAGCUAGGUUCCUCGAAUUUGAUGUCAAUGGAAGAGCUUGAUUAUCAGAGUUACCUGAUCUCUGACUUUCGACCAAUUGACUUGUUCAAUUAUGAGCCGAAGUCGCCGUUUGCCUGGUCCGCUCUACCAUUGAUCUGUCAGAGCAUUGCAUACGAUGUCGAGAAUGGUAUCGGGCAUUCACAAUUUGCAGCACAUCUUAUCAUGCAUGUCCAUCCCUACUUUUUUGAUGCAAGGUUCCGAAAUGUCAAAGGAGUCGAGCCAAGCGGGACAAACAAUCUGGCAGACCGGCUUAUGACACCGCACCUCGGGUACAGAAUUAUCGAAAGCAUUUUGGACACUCACAUGUCUUUUUUGAGACAGACUGGGCUAGUAUCGUCUGCUGCAUUGAUUAGGAAAAUGUGUGUGGAGCUGGAAUAUCCAAGAUUGUAUGCUUGUGCUGGAGGUGACAAAAAGGCCGGAAGUAGUCUCAUUGAUGGUGAUUCUGCAAGCCUUUCAAUCGUGUGCAGUAAAUGUCACGGCCAAAUGCCGCUGGGCAAGAAUAUCUGUGAACGAUGUCGAAGUGUUCGAUCUGUGUGCCCGGUAUGCCUAUCAUUGCAUGAUGUGGAGCGAGGCCACUCAACUUUAUCGGAUUCGAUGAAGAAUUCGAACUGGGGAAGUAGUGGUACCAUGUGGUCUUUCUGCCAUGCGUGUGGGCACUCAGGACAUGUGAGUUGUAUGAAAGAAUGGUUUGCUGAACCAUCGAGCAAUGGAACUUGUCCAACCCAGGGAUGUGGCUGCGAUUGUGGACCUGGCCCAGCACGAGAAUCACGGAUCCUCCAACAAAUCCAACAGGAAGAGGAAGUCCGCCUCAUUCGUGGGUUGAAUGGAAAUAAUGGAACAGGAGCUGGAUCAACAACCAAGCGAGAUGCUCUUCGUGCAGGUGGAAGUCCGGCUGUGGACAAGGCACGAGCAGCGCUGAGAAAGGGUAUUGCAAUGGCAGGAGGAGAGCGGGCUACACAAAGCGGUGACGAACGGAGUCUAGCCGGUAAGAGAGUGACAAGUCGCAGCCGUCUGCAGGGAUUUAGCAACUCUCGGAAAAGUGUACGGUUAGUCACACCCGGGGAAGAGGAAGGUGGUGGGCAAGAACAGUCUCAUUCGAGAUCUUGA